UUUGGCUAACCUGGACAGUACCAUUCCAUCCACCGACUGGUCCACACCCGGGUCUGAGGAAGGCGUCCCUUCUGCAUUUCUGUGACUUCCACCCCUUAUGGAAGAAUUGUCCAAUGAUGAUCACUGUGAGCAAAGGACUUUGGAGGACGUUCUCCGAGCGAACGAUGAUAUUCUAGAAAAACACUCAAUUCAUCGAUGUCUCGAGGGUGAGUUGGAGGCGAUUUCACCCAACCCAGAGACCAUUCGUCUUCAGACAGACACCGACGGCCUUACGCUAGAGCUGACAUCCCUUCAGGCAAUUCGUCCUCCAUCAGACGUGUUUAUUGCAACAAGAUGGAAAACAAAGUGCUGCCGAAAGCUUGUGGAGAAGAUGGCUCCACCCUGGCGUUACAGAACCGCACAACUUCAAACGUAUGGAAGGGAUGUUCCCGGCAUUUUUCUCUGCCAGUCAUUGUGUGGAACAAACAUAGUGCUGUGCGCAGUUUUAAAACAUGACACAGACACACAAGCCGCAUCAGACUUCUAUGAGCAACUCGGAUCGUCUACCCUGGGAAGCUGGCUGUCGGAGCGGGCCGAGGGUCUGAUCAAACGGACAUGGCACGAGCUGCGCGAACUUGCACCAACGUCUAACACUCUCCUCCAUAACUUAGCUCGACAGAAACUACAAACCGGUACUCCAAUCAGAGUCUACAAGGCUGACUGGGUGCAAUUCGCCAUGGCCUUUGACAAUGCCCUGGCGCAACAGAUAUCGGAAGACGGAGAAACGUGCCCAUUCACGGUCAAAAUAGUCCUUGAGUGUUUCGGCCAGAAAAUGGCGCACAGCACGGAGAACAAUGCCGCUCAGCUUGAUGACGCAAAUGCCACCCCUAACGUCGACCCGCUUAAGACGCUCGCCGACCUGAGAAUGCGAAUGGAGUUUGUGGGGAGGUCCGUUGUGCAUAUAGGUGUGUCAGUUGGCUUUCAGGAUUGUUCUCUGUCCUCACUGUGGCAUCGGAACUUGCACUACAAACUGUUCAACCAGAAUUGGCAGAAGUACAGCGUUAUGGGAAUGGGCUCUGUCAUCAACGUCACGACUCGAAAGGACAGAAGACCCGCGGCAGCGUUGUCCCGCGCAAUGACAACUGACACAUUUGAUCUGACAUACGCCCAAGCCUACAACCCGCUGUCUUCAAAAAUGUCAAGCGGUUGGACAAAAGCACUGACAAGCGGUCUGCCAGUCACUCUAGCCGCAGCCUCUGGUCUGGCCCUCAACAAUGCCACAAAGACCACACACGGUUUUGUGCAAACAGCCCUUGAUGGAGCUGUGCAAGCCAGUCUUGAAGAGAUUAUAAUGGACCUUAAUCCACGCGCGCAUGCCCGGUUUGAAGUGGUCCUGACAUGUGACGGGGAAGACUUGACUACGGAAGCUGCUACAGAGCAGGUGAAAUAUCUAGUGGCGACGCUGAGGCGAGAAUUGUCGGCUUCUAUUCCAGUCAUAAUACCCGUGCAUGCAUCUGCCCUCCAUCAAUACGCUGUCAAGAUUCUGGCCGACCUUACAAAGCCUAUUAUGGCGGCCAACGUAGAGAACACACAGGGCCAUUCACGUCUUGAAGUCACUACCAUAGCAAUUUCCGAAGUGCUUUUCCGUCUGAUGCUUUUUGGGCGGGUGGAAAGACGGAAAAGCGCGUACCUGCACGGUUUGGGGAUUCACCCAGACAGUCCCUGGGAGGGAUUCUCUAGCCUUGUGGAACCUAAUGGCACCUCCGGAUGGGCGUUAAAGGAAGGACUAUUCGACACAUGGGCGCGGGAAGGCCUGCUGUCUGCACCACCAUGGCGUCUCGUUUCAUCCAAUGACAACGACAUGCUUUGCAGAAUGCACCAAACACUCUCCGCCAUCCACAGUGCCUUUCAGGAGCACAACGGAAGAGACUGUGACACAAGCUUUGCACAAACAAUGGCUGAGAUCUACUGGAACCAUGUUAAGUCAGACCUGACAGCAAUAAUGCUGUCAAGAAAAAUGAGGGCCCUGACACAACAAGACGGAAGAGACGCCCUCUUUGAUGGCACAGUUGAGGCGAGAGGGGUUAGGGUGACGGGAAAGAUGGACGUUGGAAAGCUGGCCACCCUACUCUGUGAGGUUUCCUCGACCAACCUGCCGACAUUCUGCAGCUGCGAAGCAGUAGUGGACACAGUCUCCAGACUUGGAAUCUCGGCAGACAGUCUAAGACAGCAGAUGCUAGAAGUUCUCCGACAAGACCAGGACCUGACUACAUUUCCCUAUGUCGACGCGAAGAAGUGCGGACUGAAGAGCGUCAGAGCGGGACUUCUGCUCCGAGUACAAGGGGGACAAAACGUCUACCGUGACGUCUGCAUUCGGGCCCAUUGUAUAGUUUCGGAGGAGUUCGCAGCUCGGGUGAAGCCGGAAGCACACCAACCUUCCACGUCUUGAGUUUCCCCGGUUCUGAAGAGAAUUGAAUGCGUUUCAGAAGAGAACACUACGCUGAUGACCAACUGCCUUGCCUAUGUGUAUGCGAUUCUUCUUCACAAGAGGGGGUGUCAGCUACGUGUUCCUAGGGUCAAGACAUUCCGGAGCAAUAGGCACAUACCGGUUCUGAAGCUACAACAGGCUAGAGUGCUGGGUAAUGGUAUGUCAGGCAAUCUGAACACUUUGCAUCAAGAUAUUGUCAGACUGACAAGCAUUCAGGAUAGGCGAGGCACAGACAAUGGCAGUCCGCCAGAGUUAUCCCUCGGUAGUGAUAAUGGAUUACAUGGGAGGAAAUCAGCCAAACGUCCGAAAAGAAGGUUUCCCUUAACGGACGAAAGUGAUGAAACGGCCAGAGAUGGACAUUAGGUUCAUAUAUGAUGCAAAUAGAUCACCUUGCCCAUAAUAUUGUAACGAUUGUCUAUUGUACAUUUUUAACUAUGACGCACAUUCAUAGGAACGACAGUAAAUGCGCGAUUUCUGUUGU